GUUCACCGAAUCUUCUUAGGUUAGGUUUGUCUUCAAAAUCAGAAGUCGAAGAAAAAGACAAAGACGAUAACAAUGGCGUCAUCAUCAUCACCAUCCUCUUACCUCCGAUUUGCGAUCGCCGUCAUAGCUCUUCUCUCAAUCACCACCAUCUCCGUCGCACGUCCUUGCAAAACCUUCCUCAUCUCCUCAUAUUCCCUCUCAAUAACCCCAGAAAACCCUAACCUCGAAUCCGAUUUCACCUCCACUCGAUUCGUCACCGUUUUCACAAUCCGUCGUCUCAAUCCUCACCACAUCGUUCCUUUCUUCGUCAAUCGUCGUCACGAGACGCCACAGAUCCAAUCGGAUCGUUCUCUCCCUUUGAUCUCUGAGAAUAUCAAUUCGUUUAGAGAUCGAACGAGAGAUAUUCUAAGCGUCGUCGUCGCUCUGUUGUUCGGUGUUGGUUGUGGUGCUUUAACCGCUGCUACUAUGUAUCUUGUUUGGGCUCUUGUUGUGAAUCGUCAGAGCUAUGAUUUUGAUGAAGAAGAUGAUUAUGAGAAUGAUGAAUCUGAUGCUGCUAGCUUGAAGAAAUUGGGUUAUGUUAAGAUUCCAGCUCCAGCUCCGGUGAAGGAAUCUGCUUGAUUUGAGGUUGUGAAUUCUCAGAUUCUGCUUAAUCAUCUCAUCAUGAUUUACGUUGUUAUAUGUUGUCUAUGUUGCAUCUACUUGAUGGAUUUAUCUAAACCUAAUAUACUUAAGUAUCAUUGCUUUAUGAUUUGUAGUGGAUGUUUGUUAUAUAAGUGUGAUUAUGAAUGUUCGUUUUUAUAUGUUUAUGGAUGUAUUCACUAUUGUUGACACCAAUGUGAUUAGUUUAUGAGCUUAAUGGUUUAAUCGUAGACGGAAUCGAGGUCGAUAAGCGGUGUUUCUGACUUGCGAGAACCUAAACUUGGUUGCAGGAUUGUGUGGUUUAAUAGCUUUCAAGCAUUGUAAACUCCAGGGAGUGGUCUAGUUUUUGUUCUGUUUCUUGUUAUCUUACGAACUAGCUAGUAGCGAGACCGAUUAAGUAGGUUGCAGGAUACGUGGAUGAUUCUCAAUGAUUACGAUCUCUUGAUUGCAUAGCUUUCAAAGCAUUGGGAGUGUUUAGUUUCUAUUGCUUAUGGUCAUCUUUGUGUAUGAAUAUAGCUUAAAGCUUGAUGUUUAAAAAUGCAGAGGAACAAUGAGGUUCCUUAUUUUUCUUUCUGGAUCGAUCCUUUGAACUUUUGGUUCUUCGUUUUGCUCUAGUCUAGCAGUGAUUUGCCUAGUAACAAUCUUUUGUUAUCUUCUGUUUGUUUCUUCUAGUCCCUUGCUGUAUAUAAAUUUGAUUUGAGGUU